AUGUGGUCUCCUGAUACAAGACAAGCCUCUACUGGACACAUUGUUACAUACGGAAACAAUUCUCAGGCACGUAUUCCGGCACGUACCCCGGCACGUAUCCUGGCACGUAUCCCGGCACGUAUUCCGGCACGUAUCCCGCCACGUAUACCUCCACGUACCCCGACACGUACCCCGGCACGUACCCCGGCACGUAUCCCGGCCCAUACCCCGGCACGUAUCCCGGCACGUAUCCCGACACGUAUCCCGGCACGUACCCCGGCACGUACCCAAGCACCUACCCCGGCACCUACCCCGGCACCUACCCCGGCACGUAUCCCAGCACGUACCCCGGCACGUACCCCGCCACGUAUCCUGGCACGUACCCUGGCAUGUACCCCGGCACGUACCCUGGCAUGUACCCCGGCACGUACCCUGGCAUGUACCCCGGCACGUAUACCUCCACGUAUCCCUCCACAUAUCCCGGCACGUACCCCGGCACGUAUCCCAGCACGUACCCUGGCAUGUACCCCGGCACGUACCCUGGCACGUACCCUGGCAUGUACCCCGGCACGUACCCUGGCACGUACCCCGGCACGUAUACCUCCACGUAUCCCUCCACGUACCCCGGCACGUAUACCUCCACGUAUCACCGGCACGUACCCCUACACGUAUCCAUGA